CCUCGGCCCAGGCCAAGCCAAGCUUCUCUCUGUACCUGCUCUCAAUCUCCCUCUCGCCAUGAGCGUUCGCCUGCAGAGUUCCUCCGCCAGCUAUGGAGGUGGUUUCGGGGGUGGCUCUUGCCAGCUGGGAGGAGGCCGCGGUGUCUCUUCCUGUUCAAGCCGGUUUGUCUCUGGGGGCUCAGCUGGGGGAUAUGGGGGUGGCGUGAGCUGUGGCUUUGGUGGAGGGGCUGGUAGCGGUUUUGGUGGAGGCUUUGGAGGUGGCGUUGGUGGGAGUUUUGGUGGUAGCUUUGGUGGGGGUUUUGGUGGUAGCUUUGGUGGGGGUUUUGGUGGUGGCGAUGGCGGUCUCCUCUCCGGCAAUGAGAAGAUCACCAUGCAGAACCUCAACGAGCGCCUGGCCUCCUACCUGGACAAGGUGCGCGCCCUGGAAGAGGCCAACACCGAGCUGGAGGUGAAGAUCCGCGACUGGUACCAGAAGCAGGCCCCGACCAGCCCUGAGCGCAACUACAGCCACUACUACAAGACCAUCGAAGAGCUCCGGGAGAAGAUCCUGGCUGCCACCAUUGACAACAACCGGGUCAUCCUGGAGAUUGACAACGCCCGGUUGGCUGCAGAUGACUUCAGGCUGAAGUAUGAGAACGAGCUGGCCCUGCGCCAGAGCGUGGAGGCCGACAUCAACGGCCUGCGCCGCGUGCUGGACGAGCUGACCCUGUCCAAGACCGACCUGGAGAUGCAGAUCGAGAGCCUGAAUGAGGAGCUGGCCUACAUGAAGAAGAACCACGAGGAGGAGAUGAAGGAGUUCAGCAACCAGGUGGUCGGCCAGGUCAACGUGGAGAUGGACGCCACCCCAGGCAUCGACCUGACCCGCGUGCUGGCGGAGAUGAGGGCGCAGUACGAGACCCUGGCGGAGAAGAACCGCCGGGACGCGGAGGAGUGGUUCCAGAGCAAGAGUGCAGAGCUGACCAAGGAGGUCACUUCCAGCACCGCCAUGAUCCAGACCAGCAAGACAGAGAUCACGGAGCUCAGGCGCACGCUGCAGGGCCUGGAGAUCGAGCUGCAGUCCCAGCUGAGCAUGAAAGCCGGGCUGGAGAACUCGGUGGCGGAGACGGAGUGCCGCUACGCCCUGCAGCUGCAGCAGAUCCAGGGGCUCAUCAGCAGCAUCGAGGCCCAGCUGAGCGAGCUGCGCAGUGAGAUGGAGUGCCAGAACCAGGAGUACAAGGUGCUGCUGGACAUCAAGACGCGGCUGGAGCAGGAGAUCGCCACCUACCGCAGCCUGCUGGAGGGCCAGGACGCCAAGUAGGUCGCUCCAGCCUCCCUCUGCGGAGCGCAGAGCAGGCAGGGCCUCAGAGGUCAGCCACUGCUGGUGUCAGAGAGGGGGCUGUCCCCUGUCUGA